AUGAUACUUCUUGUCACAAAACAAGCUCAGAUCAUUGUUAAAUCCACAACACCCCCACUCCGACUUGCUUUGACCCACUUCCACAAAACACAUACAAAGCGAUCGUUGUCUGCCUACAACGACUCACUCUGUCACUACUUGCCAAAAAAUCUAACUGGUACACUCAUUGUUACACCAACAACUCGUUCUGACACCACUUGUGGCGGUGCUACAGCUACGGCUCUGAUACCACCUGUCACGGGCUUUGUGUUUCCACAUACCUUUCUGCUGGGCACUAAAUCGGGGUUAGGGGCCAUCGGAGCCGCGUUUUUGAUAGGUUUAUCGACUUUUUUGAAUGUGAUAUCGCUUGCCCUUUCUACGAAAUUUUCCUCAAAAUGUGAUAAAACUCGUUCUGCUUUCUCCAAAGAAGUUUUCCACAGCACCAGAGUGUUUUUCCGCUUUGCUAUACCUUCAGCUGCAAUGGUUUGUCUUGAAUGGUGGGGAUCCGAGGUUCUGAUUUUUCUCUCAGGGCUGCUACCAAAUCCAGAACUUGAGGCUUCGGUGCUUUCUAUAUGCUUGGCAGUUACUUAUCUGCACUUUUUCAUACCUUAUGGUAUAGGAACAACUACAAGACGGAUAUCACGGCCACGGUUCUCUACUUUUGCCGUGACAUACUGGGGUGUGCAUUCAGCAGCGAGGAAGAAGUCGGAUCAUGUGGCUGACAUUGUUCCCAUCGUGUGUCUUACAAUCAUUUUGGACGGUUUACAGGCUGUGCUUUCAGGAGUUGCAAGAGGGUGUUGGAGGCAGAAGAUGGCAGCAAUUGUGAACGUUGGGGCGUAUCUUAUAGGAUCCCCAUUGGGUGCAGUUCUUGCAUUCGUUCUGCAUUUCAAAGUUAAAGGCCUUUCAUUGGAUUGACAACCGG